AUGACGGCAGAUACGCCGGCAGCAACUACAACCCCGGCCGCCACUAUAUCAUCGCUCGACCAUCUCGUCCUAACAGUCAAGUCAAUACCCGCAACCACAAAAUGGUACGAACAGAAUCUAGGUAUGAAGCACGAGUCUUUCACAUCAGCUUCAAGUCCAGAGAUCAGAAGACAUUCUCUUAUAUUCGGGGAUCAAAAAAUCAAUUUACAUGAAGCGGGAAAGGAAUUCGAACCUAAAGCACACACUGCCCUUCCCGGAACCGCCGACUUGUGCUUCUUAACUCAUGAUGAUGUUGUUUCGGUACGUGAGAAACUGGUUGCGGUCGGCGUCAAGCUUGUAGGAUUAGGAACCGAGCAAACAGAAAAUGGUAUUGUUGAGCGUACCGGGGCAAGAGGGAAACUCAGAAGUGUUUACUGUCGUGACCCCGAUAACAACUUGAUUGAAAUAUCGAAUCAUGUCGAUCCAGAGUUGCAAGAGCAAUUGUAA